AUGCGCCUGCUCCUCAUCAUUACGCUCGCGGAGCUGUUGCUGGCGCGGAAUUGCCCCCCGAGCUUCACCGUCAGCGUCUCCGAAGUCAUCGCGAUGCCAAUCGAGCCAAGCAUCAAGCUGGUCUUCGCCUACAGGAAGCGCAGAGUGAACACUGACACGGUCAGUUCCCUGGGCGCCGUCUCCUUGUCAGAGCUGAUAUCUGGCGAUGGUCGCCCACGCGAUGAUGCUGCGCUUCAUUCGGCUUCCUCCAUGACCGCGUCGCGGGUGAAGCUCGAGACGCUGGAGCACGCGCUUGCCGAGAGUGGCAAACUACGGCGAGAUGACCAACGCGCUAUCGACUGCCUCCUUAAGAAAGUCCAGAACCAAAACUCCAAGUUCAAGCAGGAAUUGGCCGACGUCAUCUCCGCGGCCGAGCACCAGUUCGCCGCCAUCGCGGAUCAGCUGGGCGCCAAGCAGGCCUCGCUGAUGAACGACGCCAUGGCCAUCAUCCACAAGUCCGCGACUGCCUCCACCGCCGACUUCCAGAGCGACAACGCCCGCGACCAGCUCGCCGCCAAGGACGAGAAUUCUACCACCGCCGACCACCAGAUCGCCUACGUCAGGGACCAGAUCACCGCCAACGGCGAGUCCGACCUGAUCCACACGAAUGCCAAUCUGCUCCUCGAACCUACCCCUGCUGCGCCUGUGGACACCGACGCCGCGUUGUCGAGCGCGCCCGCCCCCUUCGACGUGCAACGCAUGUGCUCCCUCAUCGACUCGCCCAAGUCCAAGUGGCUCACUGUCGAGAGCCAGCUGCAGACACUGCUAGCACGCCAGGAAAGACACCUGCAAGAGCUCUCCUCCCUCAACACCGUCAAGCAGACGAUGAUCAGCGAGUUCGUGGGCUCCGCCGACGUGCAGAACAUUCCCAGCCAGAUGAUCGAGCUCGGUACGAUCGUCCCGUCUGCCGGCGACUCAUUGAACGACUUCCCGUUUUUCGUGCUCGACCUGAUAUGGAGUUCAGACGCUGCAGAGUGCGUUGAUUG